AUGAAUUUAGAGAUUAAAGGAGUUUCUGCUUCCCCUAAGAGCCAAACGCAGCAAGUCUCCAGAAACAAGAAGCAUAUGCAAGGAUGGAGACCCAGAUCAUGGGCAAACCGUAGUCCACGUCCUUCUGAUGUGCCACAACUUGAUUUUGGGAGACUGGGAGACUCCGAUGAUGAGGAUGGUCCUACAGGUUUUCCUCUUAGUAUAGUUCAUCUUAACUUUGAUGCACCCUAUUCAUCUUCAGCUAUUAGUUGGGGUGUGCGAUUGCCUCAUACUGAUGAUCUUUCAAGUGAGCAGAAAAUGAUACCAGAAAAUUUGCCAUCCCCAACCCAGAAAUAUAAGCAAAAAUAUCAGCAAUAUCAGACAGAAAUGAAAGAAGGAUAUAAGUGGUAUAGUCAGAUAAAUUCAGAGAAGAAACGACCAAAUGUUCCAUGGCAGCAGCCUUCAAAAAUUACGGAUGAAAUGAAUGCACAAGUUGAAGAACAGGUCAAGGACAGUGUGACAGCUUUGGACAGGAAAGCCCUUUUGCAGCAAUGUUAUACAAAUAGCUCUUUCAAUACACGGCAGUGCCAAAAGAGAUCAGAAGCUGAAAUUGUAGCUGCCAAGAAGAAGCAGCAAGCUGUGAUAGAACAAGUAAUGAUUGAUCAAUUAUCCAGAGCAGUCAUCAGUGACCCAGAACAAAAUUCAAUAAUUGGUAGCCAACAGGUACCUUAUCUUCCUCUUUUCCAUGAGAAGGUGCCUCUCCAUCUUAGGAAACGAACACUACAUGAAACAAAGAUAAAAACCCAUUCAACAUUAACUGAAAAUACACUGUCAAACAAGUUAAGAUUUGAUGCUCGUAUUUUGUCAAGGAAUGGACGUGAUGCUUGUAGAGAGCUGAUGGGAUUCUUCUUUGCACAUGACAAGUCACUUACCAUUUACGAGUAUCGACAGUUUGGCAGUAAUAGAACAAAUGCACUUCCCUUUAUUCAUAAAGGCAUUUAUAGUCAUCAAUAUGGACGAAGAAAAGGCAAACAGUAUCAACUUCAAGACUUUUAUGUUGGUGCUAACUUGACAUUUUUGAGUUCUUAUCAUCUUAGUCUUCCAGAAAGUAUAAAAGAAAAUCCAUUAAUUACACUUCGAGUCACCCAUGUUGAUCAGCUAACUUUGGACAGUCUCAGAAAAAAAUUUAUGGAAAAUGGAGAUGAUUUGAGUGAACAAGAGGCCAGCGACAGAAGUGUCUUCAAGAGUAUACAGGAUCUAUUAAAAGAGAAAUUACAUGAAAGAGCUGUUCGUAUUCUAACAGGAUUGGGAAAACACUUUCGGCAUUUGGACAAGAAAAAGAAUGGUCUUCUCUGUAAGGCGGAUUUUAAACAGGCCCUAAAAGUAUUUCACUUAGAGGUGCCUGAAAAGGACUUUGAGGAUUUGUGGUUAAUUCUGGAUAUCAACGGUAAUGAUCAAGUUGAUUUUGGAGAAUUCAGACGUGCCAUUUUUGGUGAAAUGAACGAAUACAGAAAGACAUUUCUUCAAAAAGCCUAUAUGAAAUUAGACUUCACCAAAACUGGCAGUGUGAGCAUGGUAGAUAUCAGCAAAUGCUAUUGUGCAAAGAAACACCCUCAUGUGAUAUCAGGUCAUGCAACGGAGGAAGAAAUUAAAUCUUCAUUUAUAGAAACCCUAGAGAAUGCCUGUAGUCACCCCCAUGAAGUGUCAUACUGUGAAUUUGAAGAUUACUAUGAAGGACUAAGUUUUGGAAUAUCAGAUGAUGAAGAUUUCAUUACUAUCUUAAGGAAUUCUUGGGGGAUUUAGUUUUGAAAAGCGCACAAAUGAAAGUUUGCCCACACUGAAAAUUUCACAUGGGAGACAAAUUUAAUGUGAGGUAGUAUGAAAUAUCUUAUUUUUCUGAGACUUCUCUCAAUUCUCAUACACGUAGUUCUUCAAAAGAUAUUGUGUCUGGGAAGGGGAAUAUUUCUAGAACAAGGGCUGUGUUUGUGGGUGGGUGUGAGACGCUGAAGCAACUGUACUGCUUGUCGUUUUGUUGAACACAGCGGAGAUGGUCUGGAGUUCAUUUUUAUCAUUGUCAAUGGGAAAAUUCCAUCUAGAAAGAAAUGCAUAUGAAUGUCUCUGUUGUCAAUUAUUUCAGGCUUUCUCUUCUGCUCUUCUUUCUAUAUCUCUUCCUCUCCAGUUUCCUUCUCCUACCUCCUGAAUAAAUCUUCAAUGAAUUUUCAGUAAAUAAAACAGUGCAACUUGUAUUGAAUAUGCUGAAAAUAUUAAAUGAAUGAAAGGCUAUGUAAAAGGAAAUUGUAAUGGAAGUCUAGAUUUUUGUUAUUGCUGCAAUCACCUUAGAAUUGAUUGUAUAAGAUAGAGGAUCAUGAAGGGAUGCCCAUAAAAAUGUCAUAUUUGUACAUAGAUUUAGUUUAUAAAGCUCUAAAUUUUGUUGUGCAAAGGCAUGCAACCCCAAAUUAUGUGCUAUUGGCUAUUACCAUAAUUACAGGACUGACCAAUCCAGUCUCUCUCUUCAGGAAUUCAUAAUU